UGUGUGAGACACUGGAGAUCAAACAUGAGUGAGUGUCGUGGCAGCAAGAGCUGCACUCAAUGUUGCGUGAAGGACUUCAGUUGCUUAACUGUCUGCCAAAUUUAAGGGAGGAGCAGGAUGAAGCUUUUGAAAAGGCAAUGGAUGGAGAUGUGGAGGAGCUGCUGCGGGUCUAUGGGGGUUUGAGUGAUCACCUGGAAGUGUUCGCUACUCUCGUUAACAAGGUUACCAGCACCCCAGCCUCCAUGCAGCUGCUGUCCAAGCUGAAGGAGUUGGUGUCCAAGCUGAAGGAGCUGCUGUUGCUCGGGCCGUACCACUCUGACAGGCAGGCUCUGGAGUCCGUCACUAACCAAGCCAUACGGCUGGCCCAGGACUGUGAGCCAGCACUAAAGCAGCAAUACAUUCACUUUCAUAAGCCCCCACCACCUCCGCCUUUGCCUGGAAUUCCACCUCCAUUACCUGGUAUGGGUGGCGGCUCACCACCACCACCUCCAUUACCUGGCAUGCCAGCUCCUCCACCUCCCCCCGGCAUGAUAGUGGCUCAGGGUAGUCAGUCCCUGGGGUCCGCUGCCCCCACCAAGGCACACCGAUGCCGCACCCUGAGGAUGUAGGGUUUUUUGUAAAAAUGUAAAUGUGAUAUACUAAUCGUCUCUCAUUAUGCUUUCUAAAUUCUGUUUUUAAUGGAUACAAAAUAAACUACAGCACAAUGUAUGUGAAACCAAA